CAGGAGAGAAACUUCUGUUUUUCUGCGUCUGUGUGUGUGGUUUGCUCGCUCUCGCUCUCUCUCUCUCUCUCUCUGUCUCUCUGUUUCUCUGGCGCUCGCCGCAGCCUGAGUUCGGGCUCCUCCCAACCCUGAUGCCCACGUGGGGCCGCCGGAGCGCCGAGCUCCGCCCCCUCCCGCCCCCAGCCAAUCGCGGAGCGGGCCACUCUGGUCUUUGUGAAUCCGCCAAUGGGGAGGCGGCGCGAGCCUCCCUCGCGGCCACGCCCCCACCCGGAAACCUAUAUAAGCGGCUCCCGGCGGCCGCGCGCUCAGUCUGCUGCAGCCCCCGGCCCGCUCCUGCCUCUGGACUCUUGCGCCGCUUUCGACGGGAUUUUGCAAUCUUCGUUUUUUCUUCUUGACUCCCUCCUCCUUGGGAAGGGAAGCCCCAGCCUCCGGGAGCCCUCGCAGCCUCCUGACCGCGCGGGAAGACGUUGUCAUCCUUGGGCCGGCGCCGGGCGCGUGCUUUUGCCCUCGGGGACCUUCGGCGGGGCCCCGCGGUGGAGCGCGGCCGCAUCAUGACGCUGGAAGAGCUGGUGGCGGGCGACAGCGCGGCCCAGAGGAUGCAGGCGGUGAGCGCCGCGGUGGAGCGGCUGCUGGUGGCCGCGCAGCGGCAGGACCGCCUCACCGUGGGGGUGUACGAGGCGGCCAAGCUGAUGAACGUGGACCCCGACAGCGUGGUCCUGUGCCUCCUGGCCAUUGACGAAGAGGAGGAGGAUGACAUCGCCCUGCAGAUCCACUUCACCCUGAUCCAGUCCUUCUGCUGUGACAACGACAUUGACAUCGUCCGGGUGUCGGGCAUGCAGAGGCUGGCACAGCUCCUGGGGGAGCCAGUGGAGACACUGGGCACCACCGAGGCCCGGGACCUGCACUGCCUUCUGGUCACGAACUGCCACACAGAUGCCUGGAAAAGCCAAGGCCUGGUGGAGGUGGCCAGCUACUGUGAAGAGAGCAGAGGCAAUAACCAAUGGGUCCCCUAUAUCUCUCUGGAGGAACGCUGAGGCCCGCUCCAAACGUCCAAAGCAACUGUUGAGUUGCUGUCCCCUAAAAAUUAAAUAAAAUACAUAUUUCGUCCCCGCCCUCAUCCCUCAGAACAAUCCCUCCAAAGCCUCCCUACCGGUGAGACCUUCCGGGAGGGGCGGAGUCACCGAGACCGAGAUGAGGAGAGGGGAGUGCGCGCUCGCCGCCCCCUGGGCUGCGGAGCCAGGAGCAGCACCAAGGUGGUCGCCGAGACAGGAAGGAGGGAGCCCGGGCCGGCGCCCCGCAGCCAGCUGCUGCACAGGCGCAGACGACCUGAGCCGUCGCCGCGGAGCCGGGAUUCAGACUAACUCAUCUGUCACUGUGCCGAGCAAGGCAGGUCGCUCGCAUGGUUGUUGUUCAGGCUUCUGGACUGCAGAGACUGUAAUAAAGUGGUGGAAGCCUCCUUG